AAAACAACCCGUUUUCUGAGCCUGUGGCCCCAAAUCAUUUAUUCACCCAAAACAUAGCCGUCACUAUUACUUAAUGCAUUUAAUUCCAGACAGUGCAUCAUUGUUUUGUCCUGCAUUUACACGACAGAUGUGCUGUGACGCAGGCACUCAGUAAGAUACAAGCACUAUUGUUUGACAUAUCCCAGACCUAACACAUGUUCUAUUGUUGCUUCACUUGGGCGAACAUGGUCAUAUGUUUCAAUGUGUUCUAUUCAUCUGAGAAUAUUUUGUUAGAAAUGAACCAGGCCUGGAAAGUUAUCUGUCUCAAUAAUGAGCGAAAGAACUCCAAAAAAUAUACGUGGGUGAGAUAAGAUUAUAACUCAUACAAAAUUAUUUUUUAUAGUAAAAUAGUGAUGAUUGGUGUAUUUGCAAACUCGUACAUAACACGGUCGCCUCCCAAGUCCCACCAAGCGGCCAAACAUUGGUACUGCACGUAUGAAGGAUAACGACCAAUCAGAUUUACGGAUACUGGCACGUGGAGCGGCUACCCUGGGAAGCGUAGUUGCUACAGGACCGUCUUUAGUGUAUUACAAAGAAAAAAAUGAUGGAGGAAAUAGACGAAUUGCCUCCCCGUUCUGAAGAUCUGGUGCCCUGCAAAAUAUGUGGGAGGAGGUUUUUUCCGAAGGUUCUUAAAAAACAUGUGCCCAUCUGCCAGAAGACUGUAUCAAAACGAAGAAAGGUGUUUGACUCUAGCAGGCAAAGGGCAGAAGGAACCGAUAUUUCUACAUUGAAGCCUAUAAAAUCAAAGUUACACAGUUCUACCAGCAGCUCUAAGUCUGAUAAACCUGAACCAACCAAGAAACAGUCCAACUGGCGUCGGAAGCACGAAGAAUUUGUCGCCACUAUUCGGGCCGCCAAAGGCUUGACUCAAGUGAUGAAAACUGGAGGACCUCUUCCUCCACCUCCUCCUCCGUCCUACGAUCCAGAUUACAUCCAGUGCCCAUAUUGUCAGCGGCGCUUUAGUGAGAAUGCAGCGGAUCGCCACAUAAAGUUCUGCAAGGAACAAGCAUCACGAAUCUCCAACAAGAGCAAGUUUCCUGGAAGCGAUAAAGCAAAACCCCCUGCCAGGACUCAGCUCAAACCUCCUCCACCGAAGAAAGCAAACUCCCCUGCUGCACCUGCCGUUUCUUCUCGUCUACCACAACUCUCGGCUUAUGGGCAAGCUGCUGGCACAGGCAUUCCAAGCAUCAAAACCUCUUCCACUGGGUUGGCGAGAAGCAUGUCAUCAGGAUAUUCUCCUUUACGGAAUACGUCUUCUGGUCUGACCAGCCCUCCCUCUGAAACGAUCAUGAAACCUAAAGGCUUGGUUUCGCAAAGCUCCCCGAAAAAUCCCCCCUAUGGAAUCGGGAUGAACAAGAAGAAGGUCCAAAAUGCUGACAAGUGUAUUUCAAGGAAUGAUGUGAAGACCGAGAACGAUAUAAAUCACUCCACGACAGGCACCAAGUUCUGCCAUGAGUGUGGGACCAAGUACCCAGUGGACUGGGCCAAGUUCUGCUGCGAGUGCGGGGUAAAAAGAAUGCACCUUUAAAUAGUAAAAUCUACAGAAAGACUGAGUCACUGUAUCCGUAAUGCUGAAUACUCCAGUGCCUGGUUGCAUAAAGCACCUUAAGUUUUCUAAGUGAUUUCUCUUUGACAAAAACAAUAGGAGGAUAACUUAAGUAAAACUUAAUGUAUAUUUAAGGAAAAAUUACACUUAAAGGAACAUUCCACUUUUUUGGGAAAUAUGCUAAUUUUCCAACUUCCUAAGAGAUAUUAAGUUGUGUUUAACCGUUUUGGAAUGUAUUCUGCCGAUGGCAUCUUUAAGCAUAGCUUAGCAUAGAUCAUUGAAUCCAAUUGGACCAGUAGCAUUGUGUUCAAAAAAAGAGUUUCAAUAUUUUUCCUAUUUAAAAUUUGACUCUUCUGUAGUUAUAUUGUGAGCUAAAACAGGCGGAAAAUGAAAAGUUCUGAUUUUCUAGGCUGAUUUGAUUAGGAACUCUAUUCCUAUUCCGGCGUAACAAUUAAGGAAGUUUGCUGAUCGACAGAAUACAUUACAAACAGUAAAACUCAACUUAUUAACUCUUGGGGAGUUGGAAAAUUUGCAUAUUUCCCAAAAAAGUGGAGUGUUCCUUUAAGUUGCUUUAUGCAACCAGUCCCACAUCUUUAACAUAUCUCAUCCAGGCCUCAAGAAUCUUUGCUGUAUAUGCGCUCCCCCUUCCCGCCCAUUUCUUUAUAUAAAAGUGCAAUACGAUUGGCUACUGCUCCUAAAGGAGUAUUAUUCUGACAUUUUACCAUUAUAUGUAUUAAAAACUGAGAUCUUAGUCAUAAUACACAGGCCUUACAAGGGACAAUGUCAUAACACAACCAUUUCAAUGGUGUAAUGGAGCAAUAUCACAAAGAACCAUUUCAAUGUGUCGAGACUGAAAAACUCUGAUGAUGAAACUCUGACUCUCAUGAUUUAAAAUAAAAUUAUUUAUGGACUUUUUUUGUGGAAGUUUAAUAGGUUUCCUAAGUUAAAUACAUUGAGAAACAACUGAUAAACUGAGCAGGUCAUAUUUGUAUUAUAUGUUUUAUACAUUUUAAGUUGUUUAUUAUUUUUUUUGUGUGUUUUUAACAGUAUUCUAUAUGAAAUUAUGUAGAAAUUGUCAUUUUCGUACAUUAUUAGAUGUGUACAAUCCAUUAGCAACGGUUCACCCCUGCAUCUGUUGACCCAAUUCAUCCAAUAUAUUGACAUAGAAAGUAGAAACAACAUUCAAAGGAAACUGAAAUGACAUGUCACAAACAUCAGAACCACUGUACAACAGUUCAAACUUAUAAUCGCUGCUGUAUCACAUCGGUCCAGGUCAACAGCUUAUUAUAGUUCUCGGAACUAUGCGCAUUAAAGCAUCAAGGUGCACUUUACCAUGCUUGUACUACUGUGGCACCGCUCCGACAGCUUAUGUCAUUAAUACAAGCUGCCUGGACUAUGAUAGAAAAAAGUUGGCAUUAAAAGACUGGUUGUUACUUUUGAACUGUUUCGUAAAUAAAAAAGUGAAACAGG